CCAGUCAGAGCUCUCCAGAAACUUCUGCACCGGCUAUAAGAGCCAGCCAUCUUCCCCCAGCAACCACACAGCCGCUCGGGCAAAAGCUUGGAUAACCGACACCGACAAAACCAAAGUCACCAUGGUUCACGAAACCGGCUACUACGAUCUGCUGGGUGUCAGCCCCAAAGCCUCGCCGGAGGAAAUCAAGAAAGCGUACAGAAAGCUGGCGUUGAAAUACCACCCUGACAAGAACCCCAACGAAGGAGAAAGAUUCAAGCACAUAUCUCAAGCAUAUGAUGUGCUGUCAGAUCCAAACAAGAGAGAUUUGUAUGACCAAGGAGGGGAACAAGCUAUCAAAGAGGGAGGAACUGGAGGCUCUAAUCCCAUGGACAUUUUCUCCGCUUUCUUUGGAGGUGGAGGACGGAUGCAGAGAGAGAGAAGGGGGAAGAACGUUGUCCACCAGCUUAGUGUUACCCUGGAGGAGAUGUACAAUGGUUCAACUAGGAAGCUGGGACUCCAAAAGAAUGUCAUUUGUGAAAAGUGUGAAGGUUAUGGGGGUAAGAAGGGUGCCUUGGAGAAAUGCUCGUCUUGCAAAGGAAGAGGAGUACAAGUCAGAGUGCAACAGAUCGGACCAGGCAUGAUUCAGCAGACCCAAAGCAUGUGUUCAGACUGCCAGGGACAGGGCGAGAAAUUUAGCUCCAAGGACCGCUGCAAGAACUGCAACGGACACAAAGUAGAACGCAAGAAGAAAAUUCUAGAAGUUCACAUUGACAAAGGUAUGAAAGAUGGUCAGAGAAUUACAUUCCACGGAGAAGGUGACCAGGAACCUGGACUGGAGCCCGGGGAUGUAAUCAUUGUCCUGGACCAGAAGGAGCACCCAGUUUUCAAGAGACAAGAGGAUAAUUUAAUAAUAAACGUGAACAUUAGACUUGUUGAGGCCCUGUGUGGUUUCAAGAAGAGCAUUCAGACAUUGGAUGACAGAACACUCAUCAUGACCUCACAGCCAGGUGAAGUCAUCAAGCCCAACGACAUCAAGUCGAUUCAGAAUGAGGGCAUGCCACUUUACAAGGAACCUUAUGAAAAGGGACAACUUAUUGUUCACUUCCAGGUGGAAUUCCCAGAGAAGGACUGGCUCCCAGAGCAUCUAAUGUACCAGCUGGAAAGACUGCUUCCUCCCAGAGACGAUAUGAUAAUUACUGAUGAAAUGGAGGAGGUGGACCUCUGUGACGUAGAUGUGCACACACAGCAGAAAACAUACAGUGGGGAAGCUUAUGAAGAAGAUGACGAUGAAAGUCCCAGAAGUGGUGUUCAAUGUCAGACACAGUGAUUGCAGUCCAUGAUGCAAACACUGUAUGAAGUGUGUCUGGGUUUUUGUUGAUGAUCUACUUCUUUUAUGUUUGUUUUGUAAAAGACAUUCAACCCAUAUCUUUAAAAUCCCUCCUCCAUAGGGUAAUGCACUGUAAAUGUGUGGCAUUCAGUUUCAAACCGUUACCAAUUUUGUGGUAUAUUCUGGGGACAUGGAUCUGCAAGUCAAGUACUGUUCUCCCAAUGUUAUCAAAACUGUAUUUUGGUGUUACUGUCAUAUGUUGUCUAUUUAAGAUCUGUAUGUGUGUGUUUCUUAUGAAAUCACAAAUGUUCCCUUUUCAUACAGAAGCUGAAAGGGCUACUUGUAUGCUUUCUGUGAAGGUAAUUUCAGUCAGAACACUUCUGGUUAUUUGUCAAUGAAAGUCUCAGAAUGCUUCAA